AAAAAAUGUAGAAGAUUUCACUGGACCUCGAGAAAGAAGUGAUCUGGGAUUCGUCACAUUUGACGUUACUGCAGAUCUGCAGAGUAUAUUUGACUGGAAUGUUAAACAAUUGUUUCUAUAUUUGUCUGCAGAAUAUUCAACGAAAAACAAUGCUCUAAACCAGGUGGUCCUUUGGGACAAGAUCAUGUUGAGAGGAGAUAACCCAAGGCUGUUCUUAAAAGACAUGAAGUCGAAGUACUUUUUCUUUGAUGAUGGAAAUGGUCUCAAGGGAAACAGGAAUGUCACUUUGACUCUCUCCUGGAACGUUGUACCAAAUGCUGGCAUUCUACCUCUUGUAACAGGAUCAGGACAUGUGUCUGUACCUUUCCCAGAUACCUAUGAAACAACAAAAAGUUAUUAAAUUAUAAUACUGAAUCCUAAGCAAGAUAUUUUUAUACUUGUAUAUUGUGAAUAAAUUUUAUUGCUGUUUCUUCUCACAUCCCGUGCAACCCUUCAGUGAAAGGUACUUAAUUUCCUCAGGUCUAACAGCAUAGGAAAAGGAAAUGAAAGUUCAGGGUUUUUUUUAAAUAAAACAUUGAAGCUGAAACUUAGGGUAAAUGUAAAUUGCAGAGUAGUGGUUUUGGGGGGGGGGAAACUGAGGAAUUUUUUUUUUUUUUUCUUUCUCCUCGCUAUCUGGAUAUAGAUCUCCUUUUCUUUUAAAUAAACAUUUUUAAACCAAAA